AUGGUUCCGGAACAAUUGCGCGUCCUCAUCGUCGGCAAUGGCGGCCGUGAGCACGCUCUGGCCUGGAAACUGAGCCAAUCGCCCCUCGUCGAUGCCGUCUACGUUGCUCCCGGAAACGGCGGCACGGGGUUGGGCAACUCCAAGAUCACCAACGCCAAUGUCAAGGGCGAUGACUACCCCGGCCUGGUAGAUUUUGCGCAGACGAAUAAGGUGAACCUCGUGGUGCCGGGCCCCGAGGCGCCGUUGGUAGAUGGCAUUCAGGGCUAUUUCCAGGCUGUCGGUAUCCGAUGCUUCGGUCCGUCCAAGGCUGCUGCCCGCAUGGAGGGCUCGAAGACCUUCUCCAAGGACUUCAUGAAGCGCCACCAGAUCCCCACUGCUGAGUUUGGCAAUUUCUCCGACUACGAAUCUGCGCGCCGCUACCUCGACUCCGUCUCGCACAAUGUGGUGAUCAAGGCUGAUGGCCUUGCUGGUGGCAAGGGUGUUCUCCUCCCAGCCACCAAGGAAGAGGCGCACCAGGGGCUGAAGGAGAUGAUGCUGGACCACCAGUUCGGCAAGGCCGGCGACGAGGUGGUCAUUGAAGAGUACCUCGAGGGCGACGAACUGAGCGUGCUCACUUUCAGUGACGGCUACACCAUCCGCUCGCUGCCUCCGGCGCAGGAUCACAAGCGCAUCUUUGACGGUGACCAGGGCCCCAACACGGGUGGCAUGGGUUGCUAUGCGCCUACACGCAUUGCUCCCAAGGAGGUCAUGGAAGAGAUUGACCGGACCAUUAUCCAGCCGUCCGUUGAUGGAAUGAGAAGAGAUGGCUUCCCCUUUGUUGGUAUCUUGUUCACCGGCCUUAUGAUGACCAAGGAUGGGCCCAAGGUUCUCGAGUAUAACGUACGAGGCGGUGAUCCCGAGACGCAGACUCUGUUGCCGCUCUUGAGCGAAGACACAGAUCUGGCGCAGAUCAUGGUCGCCUGUACUGAGCACUGGCUCGAUGGUGUCUCCGUCAAGAUUGAGCCCAAGUUCUCCACCACCGUCGUCGCCGUGGCUGGUGGCUACCCUGGCUCGUAUGCCAAGGGUACACCAAUGACCCUUGACACUGCCCCAGCUGGUACCCUCAUCUUCCACGCCGGCACGACUCUGUCCGGGACCGAGUUGCAGACAUCCGGUGGCCGUGUGAUCGCCGCAACAGCGACAGCAUCAACCCUUGAAGAGGCCGUGUCUAAGAGUUACGAGGGCAUCGCCACAAUCCACUACGAUGGCAUGUUCUUCCGCAAGGAUAUCGCGCACCGGGCGUUCCGCCAGAAUGCCAACACCGCUCUCACUUACGCCGCGGCAGGUGUCUCCAUCGAUGCCGGCAACGAGCUGGUGAACCGUAUCAAGAGCUCCGUGAAGCGCACCAAGCGGCCCGGGACCGACGCCGUCAUUGGCGGGUUCGGCGGCCUUUUCUCUCUGGCCGCCGCCAACCCAACUUACCACCCGCACUCGCCGACGCUCAUCGGCGCCAUUGACGGCGUGGGCACCAAGCUGAAGAUCGCCCACACAGUGGGCAUCCACGACACCGUAGGCGUGGACCUGGUCGCCAUGAACGUUAACGAUCUGGUCGUGCAGGGCGCCGAGCCGCUCUUCUUCCUGGACUGCUACUCCUGCGGCCACCUGGACGUACCCACAGCCACAGCCUUCGUGACCGGUGUUGCUGACGGCUGCGUGCAAGCCGGCUGCGCCUUGAUCGGCGGCGAAACUGCUGAGAUGCCGGGCCUCUUCAUCGACGAAUCCUACGACGCCGUGGGUGCCGCCGUCGGCGCCAUCAACACUACCGGCGAGCACGCCCGUCGCAUCCUACCGCACACGGACUCCAUGCGCCCCGGCGAUGUCCUCCUCGCGCUGGCUUCAUCGGGCCCGCACUCAAACGGCUACUCACUGGUCCGCAAGAUCGUCGACCGUGCCGGCCUGCAAUACUCCGACCCGGCACCCUUCACCAUGCCCGGCCAGUCGAACGAGCUCUCUCUCGGCCGCGCCCUCCUCACCCCAACCCGCAUCUACGUCAAGCCCCUCCUGCACGCGCUGGCGUCCCACCCGGCUUCCAUCAAGGGCCUGGCCCAUAUCACCGGCGGCGGACUUACCGAGAACGUGCCCCGUAUGCUCCCCGCUACACUGACCGCGCAUAUCGACGUCCGCGCGUGGUCCCAGCCACCCGUGUUCGCCUGGCUCCAGAAAGCAGGAAACGUCUCCUCGGCGGAGAUGGCUCGUGCCUUCAACUGCGGUGUCGGUAUGAUUAUCGUCGUUGACCCGGCGGAGGAGGCUGCUGUGCGCGCCGACCUUGAGGCCCAGGGCGAGACGGUUUACCGGGUUGGAGAGCUGAAGGCUCGUGCUGAGGGUGAGGAAGGCUGUGUGCUUGGAGGCCUGUCUUCGUGGGGUGCUUAA